AUGAUUCAUCUCGUCUCCAAACCCAUCCGUGGAUCUUCAAUUUCAGCAAAUGAGACUUGCCGUGCAGACAAAGAUUCCACACAGCUUCCCCAACAGCAGAGCGGCCAAUGCCGUCUCGCUCCAGGGAGCUAUGUGACUGUGUUCGGCCCGGAUCCAUCCUCCGGAGGCCUCUUGCCGACACCAUCGAGACAUACUCGAUCUGCUCUUGGUUUAACACUUGAACACCCGAUUGGCUCGGAAUCAUUGAAGUUUGGUGAUGGCUUGAUCUUCGUGGUGGGGUUUACCGGAGCUAACGAAACGGACUGGUCCGAAUCGCGAUUGAAUUGUCCGCCCUCGACGAGCGUAUCAACCACGAAUUGUGUACUCCAUAGACAAGGUGGCUGCCUGAUCUCGAAGCCGCUCCUUGGUCACAACGUCGCUUGUCCUUAUCAAAAUGAGGAUACUCUGUACGCUGCUCAAGCGGGCUGGCGGAGAGGUGUCCUAAAGCCCCGCCUCUGGCAUAUUGAUUUGUCAUUGUUCAGAAACAUGGGUGUGCAUGAUAUAUGCGACGAGCAUGGGAUUUUGCAGAGAUGCCAAAAGCGGCGCUCCAAUCGAGCUCAGCGAUCUCUUGUUCUCGAUCUAGCUCAACGGGAUAGGAUUACAUGGCGCCCGAUCAUGAGCCGGGGAUGUUCCGGGCCCCGGAUCUUCGAUGCUCCGGGUCUAGUUGACGUGAAGACUAUAUUUUCAUUCAGACUUGAGGAGAGCGGGUCCAACCGAAACCGGGCAGGUUUGUGA